GUUGCAUUGAUGAGUAGUGAGGAAUCUCAUCGAAAGGUGUUUGCGUUUAUCAUUAAAACAGGAAUAAAAUUAGAGGCAAAAAAUGUGACAAUAUGUACCACAAGUGUAUUGACUUACCGAACGAUGCGGAAGGAAGUUUGUAAAGAGCUCUGUCCAUAUACGAUAGCGUGUGCGUGUUUUUUGUUGGCAGCGAAAAUCGAGGAAGAUCAACGUGUUCGAAUUAGAGAUGUUAUAAAUGUUUCGUAUAGUGUGCUACACGGUGAUAAACCGAUGCUUCAAGUUGAUGAAGAAAUGUGGGCCAUCCGCGAAGGGAUUGCAAGAAUGGAAUACGUCGUCCUUAGAUUGCUUAGGUUCCGACUGAAUGUCGAGAAUCCGCACAAGGUCAUCUUUUCAUAUGCAUUUGGAGCGAAAUUUCAGUAUCUUCUACAAUACGUCUCUUCACUGCAACAUUGGUGCAGAGGUGAUUUGUCGUGGAAUGGCGUCGCAGAGAUUUGUUUCAUUUUAUUACGUGAUGCGCACAUCUCACCCGGAUGGGUUCUAUCGCAUAGUCCUCAGACUAUUGCUAUUGUGUGCAUGUCGGUUGCUAUCAGAGCCGCCAAGGUUAAGAUCGAGGAACGGUGGUAUUCGACAUUCAGCGUUUCGAUGACUCGUUCAAAAUUACGCAGGUUGGAAGAAGAAUUUUUGAGUAAAGUGUUGAUGCGAUGA